AUGGCUGACUGGGAUGCUCAGGAGUGUGAGCCUCCAGAUUAUGGUAGUCAGCAGUACUGGGAGGCGCACUUUGCCUCGGCGCCCAGCGGCGCCCAGGACGACUCCGAGGCGCUGGAGUUCGAGUGGCUCUGCGGGGAUUGGGAGACGUUGCUUCCCCUGCUGAUGCCGCACCUGCCGAAGGCUGGGCGGAUCCUUCACCCGGGCUGUGGAAUGUCACGCUUGCCGGAGUUAGUCCACAGAGAGGCGCCUGGCUUGGAGAUCCUGAGCCUCGACAGCAGCCCCAGCUGCGUGUCCCUGAUGCGGCAGGGCCAGCCCUCGCCCGGCCUCCUGUGGCAGGUGGCGGAUGUGGCUCGCCCGCCGCUUUCUGGAUGGGGCUCUUUUGACGCUGUGGUGGAGAAGGGCUGCUUGGACGCUCUCCUCUGCCACAGCGACGAGGAGGUCUCGGUUUUCGGGUUUUCGGGGCUGGCAUUCGACUGGCACGAGGAGAAGAACCAGGAGGAGGAAGAGGAGGAGCUGCGAGUGGCGGGGGAGCUGUGGAGGCCCAACGUCGACGCACCGGCGGACCAGUUCCUGCCUGCAGCAGCGCAGAUGGGAGUCAUGGAGGACCAAGCCGUGCAGAAGGCGCGGCUGGUGCGGCUCAAGCAGCUGCUCGAGCUGGCCUGUCCUGGCGGCCCUGGCCGAGACGAGCUCGAGACCGUGGAGUUCGACGAGUUCGACGGGCUCCUCUGCGGAGGUGCCCAAUCCUCGGUCCUGCGCAGCAUGAUGCGGCGCCUUGGCCUGGAUUGCCGCAAGGGCGGCGUGCAGAGCCACAUGCAGCGCAGGCUAAAAGAGAUGCAGCGGCGCCGCGACGCAGCCUCGCAGCUGAUCGACGAGAUGGAGCGGGAGGUGCUGGUGCUCCGGCAGCAGAUGUCAGACCAGGCCGCGGAGCUCUCAAAGCUGGGGACUCGGCCGACGCAGGAUAACUGCCUGGCAGCCCCCGGCUGUGCCGAGGAGGAGCUUAGCCGCGAGGUGGGGUCUCACUGCCUCGAGUCCCCGGGCCCCGAGCUGCGCUGCGAGCUGCGCCACCGCUUGCGAGAGGCCCAGGAGGAGCUCUGCGAGAUGCGGGUGGAAGUUGCGGCGGCGCAGAAGGUCGGAGCCAGCGCCUGGGAGAGCGUCAAGCAGGUGCUUCAGGACUCACAGCCCGAGGCCAGCCUCCUGGACGGGCGCAAGGCGUUGCUGGCCUUUGCGCGGGGGAAGAGCCGGGGCACCGCGAUCGCGGAGAAGCUUCUGGACUGGGACGUGCAGAGGAAGCUGCUGCAGGCCGCCGUUCUGGGCUGGAAGGCAGUGCUGUUCAGCGGCCGCCGCGCUGACCGCUUCAAGGCGUUUCUGCAGACCAGGACGCACGCGGAGCUGAUGGAGGCGGCCUUCGGGGUGUGGCGGCAUCUGGUGCUGCAGCUUUGGUCCGGGGCCGCGGAGCAGCGGCUCUGCCGGUGCGAAGAGAUCAUGACGCGCAUCUCGCUGCGGCUCCUUGCAGGAGAUGGCGGGCAGAUGCUUUGUAUGAUUUUCUUGCGGUGGCGACUCCUCGUGCCAAAGAAACACGAGGUCCCACCUGUGGAUCCCAAGGAUUUGCCCAAAGAGGCACAGGAGCGCAAGAAGUGCUGUACUGGCUGUACUGUGAGCUAG